AACGCGGCGCUCGCUCGCUCGCUCGCGCGCGCUCCGGUUGGGCUCCAGAGGAGUUUUAGUAUGUGGCGGCCGGAGAGAGGGGCGGAAUCACAACAGCCCCACUGUGUGGAUCACUUCACCAACAGUAGGAGCACAGGACGACGGAGCACAGCCGGAACAUUCUCAGAGGACUACAUUCGAAACACAGAUACAUGCCAUGCAGUGCUUCUGAGCACCACCAGUUCUCAACUCUGAAGUGACCGGCCAGCUGAAUGCAGACCCUGUACGCUCUGCUGUGUUUGGGUCUGGUGGGGGCGCUGCAGCCGGCCGAGCACCUGCCCCGGAAUGUCCUUCAGCGCAAUCGUGGCAAACCGGUGCAAUCGUCCGCCAGCGGGCACCGCUGGGUGGCCGAGAACUGCCGCCGCCUCUCCAGCCUUCUGCGGCAGAAGAACGCCGCCGUACGGAAGCUGGGGACGGCGGCUGCAGCGGUGGAACGCGACCAGACUCUAUCGGAUGCUGAGCGCCUCUUCCAGGUGCACACGCUCGAGGUGUUCCAGAAGGAGCUGAAUGAGAGCGAGCGUUCCCUGUUCGAGGCUGUGCUGGGUCUUCAGCGUGUACUGAAGGGCGACUUUGGUGACGUGGCGAACAUGAAGGAAAGCAGCCGCCAGAGGCUCGAGGCGCUCAGGGAGGCCGCCAUUAAGGAGGAGCAGGAGUACGUGGAGCUGGUCGCAGCCGAGAAGCACCAACAGGAGGCGCUGAAGUUGGCGCAGGAGCGGAACAAGACCCUGUCCAUGCUGGACGAGAUCCUGGAGGACGUUCGGAGGGCUGCCGACCGCCUGGAAGAGGAGAUCGAGGAUCACGUCUUUGACAACAACAAGCAGAUGAAGGGGGUCAAUGUGGAGGCAGUCCUGAGAGUAGAGGAAGAUGAAGAGGACAACAAGAGGAAGAAUUUGUCGUGGCAAGGGGCAGAAGGUGGCCUGGGACUGAGUAUGCUUAUUGAUUCACAGAACAACCAGUAUGUGCUGACCAAACCCCGGGACUCCACCAUUCCUCGCGCCGACCACCACUUCAUUAAGGACCUGGUGUCAGUGGUGAUGCUGUCUCUGCCCUGCGGCUGGCUCUGCACACUGGUCGGACUGCCUCCCAUGUUUGGUUACAUAGUGUGCGGGAUUCUGCUAGGUCCCUCUGGGAUUAACAGCAUUAAAUCCAUGGUUCAAGUCGAGACGCUGGGGGAGUUGGGUGUGUUCUUUACACUCUUCGUGGUUGGCCUCGAGUUCUCUCCUGAGAGACUACACAAGGUCUGGAAGAUCUCUGUUCAGGGCUCCAGCUACCUCAGCCUCCUGAUGGUGGGGGCGGGGCUUAUUUGGGGAAAGGUGUUUAGGCUCCACCCUGUUCAGACUGUGUUCAUUUCCAGCUGUCUGUCUCUGUCCAGCACUCCUCUCGUGUCACGCUUCCUUUCUGGCGGGUCCAGAGGGGAUAAGGAAGGUGAACUGGACUAUAGCAGUGUUUUAUUGGGUAUGCUGGUGAUGCAGGAUGUUCAGUUGAGCCUUUUCAUCGCCAUCAUGCCAACACUUAUUCAAGCAGGAAGUGGUGGAAUGGACAGUGCUCUGAUUGGAGGAUUGCGUGUACUGGUUCUGCUGUCUCAGGUGGUCGUCUCCUUCGCUGUCGUGCUGCUGAUCUGCUGGCUGCUCAGGUCUCAUCUGAUUGGUCCAUUCUACAGAAAACUCCACGCUGAGAGUAAAGGGAACAAAGAGAUUGUUGUGCUGGGAACCGCAGCCUUUGUAUUCCUAAUGCUGACAAUAACAGAUUUCCUGGACGUUUCCAUGGAGUUAGGCUGUUUCCUUGCGGGAACGCUGCUCUCCUCACAGGGUCACAUGGUUACCAGUGAGGUCAUGAGCUGUAUUGAGCCAAUCAGGGACUUCCUGGCAAUUAUCUUCUUUGCAUCUAUUGGGCUGCAUGUCUUCCCGACAUUCGUUCUAUACGAGUUAACCAUCCUACUGGUAUUGACUCUGUCAGUGGUGAUCAUGAAGUUUGUCCUGGCAGUGUUGGUGCUGACGACAAUCCUUCCCCUGGGAAACCGACACAUCCGCUGGAUCGUGUCAGCUGGCCUGGCCCAAGUCAGCGAGUUCUCUUUCGUCCUGGGCAGCCGAGCUCGCCGGGCUGGCAUCAUCUCAAGAGAGGUGUAUCUUCUCGUACUGAGCGUCACUACGCUAAGUCUGCUGUUAGCACCCGUGCUAUGGAGAGCCGCGACUCUUAAAUGCAUUCCUCGGGUUGAGAAGAAACCGUCCACCUGAUGCACUCUCAGCAUGAGGACACUUGGUCUUUUCUGACAUGGUACAUGGUGCAUCGUUGGGCACCUUUUGGCUUUGACUCAUCAUCUUUGUGCUCCAAGCCCGUCUGGGACGAAAGGGACUGCGGUGUUUCACUUUCUAACGAUGACCAUAUUUUAAAACCUCAUUCAUGAAGCAUACUUAGCAAAUGAUGCAAAAGAUCACAAGACUUGAAUUUUUUAUAGUCAUGACUCUGAGCUUACUGUGUUUUAAGCUCUUGAUUGCGUUAACUUUAUUUAAACUGUAUUUAUUCAUGUAAAUUUCCAAGCUGAAGGCUGUUCUGCUCGUAUACAUAAGGAAGAGCCUAACCGUGCCUUGAAGUCAACAGACGUACCAAAUAAACUUUGGCGGCAAAGUAGAUACCAGUUUGUCCAGUUGCACCAGCCUUUGAAAUCUUAGCAGAUUCUUUUUUGUUUUCUUUUUGCAUGUGUACACGUUUGCACAUUCCUAUUGACUGUUAAAAAGGUCAGCAGCUUUCUGGGCUGAAAUCAACUUACUGUAGAAGCAGACGUGACGCGAAAAACAGCGAACGCAUUCCGUGAGUGGCUGAGGUUAAAGUUCUCACCAAUGAUUUUUAGGGAACGUGAACGCUGAGAUGAACACUUUUCAGAUGAAGGAGCUGGCCGUGUUGUCUUGUUAAACUAUGCGCUGUACUGUAGUAGAAAUCAGAGUGAAGACUAUAUGAAACCAUGCAUAUUAAAAGAAAUUAUGACUCAUGA